UAUUAAUUAUGCAUUACCCAUUGUACCUAUAUUUACUCGAGAAAUACCAAAUUUAUUCUUAUUUUCUAUCGCCAUGAAGAAGGAAAAUAAGCAAGAACUUAAUGAGCAAAAAGAGCAAGAACCAGACAUUGUUUGUAUGACUGGUUCUAUAAAAAUAUUUCGAUUAUAUGGAGUUUUUCCUCCGAAAGGCAAACUUUUAAAUACUGGAAAAUUAUUUUACUUUAAAUUUAUCAUAACUGCACUUGUGUCAUCUAUAACAUUGGAUGGAAGCCUUCUACACCUGAUUAAAAAUAUAAAAGAUCUCUCUUUCAAUCACACAGAACUUGAUUUUACAUACAUUGUAUCUAUGUCUGCUGGAUACGGCCUCCUUUACUCAUAUUUUUUCAAAGUUAAUAAAGCUGUACAGCUUUAUAUAGGACUAUCCGAUUUUAAAAAAUUCGGAAAACCCAAAAACUUUGAUGAAACCAACAAAAAGUGGAAUAAGUAUUCAAUAAUGCACUAUUUGUACUUACAGUCGAUUUGCAUAUUCAUUUUGCUGGGUUCCAAUGUAUUUAAAGGAAAAUCCUGCCGUGAUGAAAAUGAAAAAAAAAACAUACACGAAGUUUGCGGGUUAUUUACAUACACGUGGUUGCCUUUUAACAUUGAUUUUUUUCCUGUGAAACAACUGUACCUUGUUUUGCAACUGUUCGGCGUUAAUUAUGUUUAUAUGGUAGCUGGAUUGGCUUCUUGGAUGGUUGUGGAAACAGUGGAGCAUUUGGCUACAAGGAUAAGACAUGUUUCGUUUUUAUUUACACAAGCUUUGGAACAAAAAAAUCUUAGAAAGAAAAGGCAGAUGUUUAACCAUGCUGUGCAAUAUCAUGUAUUUGUAUUUGGUUUGGAAGAGAAAUUUAAUCAGACAUUUAGUGUAUUCAUGUUUACUCACAUGGUAAUGGCGGCUAUUAUUAUGGGUUAUGGAGUAUAUUCCUUCAUGAAGACAAAAAAUUUUUCUACAUUUCUAGUAGCAAUUGGUUGGCUAAUUGCUUUGUUUAUGGACUGUAGAGGUGGACAGAGGAUUCAAGAUGAAUGUGAACGUGUAAGAUUAGCCAUAUACAAUACAAACUGGUUAGAUUGUGAUAAAGAAAUGAGAAGAGAUCUUUUAUUUGUUCUAAGAAGAUGUGAUAAAUCGAUGGUUGUAAAAGCAGCUGCCUUUGGAAUUAUGGACCAUCCAACGUUUCUAGCAGUAAGUAUAUACAGCAUUAACAAACUGAACAGUUGA